AUGGCUCAAUUCUACGGCGGCCGAACGGGGAUGUCCCCUGCAGAUGUUCAGCAGACUCUGCUGAUCAGAGGAGAUGCUCCUGAGGAAUGGAGACCUGAUGUGAACCAGCAGGACCCAGAGCUCCUCCACAUCAAGGAGGAAGAGGAGGAACUCUGGACCAGAAUGGAGGGAGAGCAACUCAUUGUGAAGGAGGAGACUGAUGUCAGCAGGUUUUCAUUCACUGCAGUUCAUGUAAAGAGUGAGGAUGAUGAAGAGAAGCCUCUGUUCUUACAGCUUCAUCAGUAUCAAAUGGAGGACAGAGAUGUUCCAACCAGCAGCUCAGCUGACCAGAUGAAAGUAGAAGCUGAUGGAGAGGACUGUGGAGGAGCAGAAACCAGCAGGAACCCAGAUCUAAAUCCUCAUGGAGAUGCUUCCAGCUCUUCAGAGACUGAAGUCAGUGAGGAUGAUGAAGAGGACGAGGAUGGGGACAGUCCUGACUCUCAGCUGGAACACUUGUCAGACUCUGGGUCAACAACUGAAGACCGAGACAAAGACUGGAAGGAGAGCAGGUCUCCUGAGUCAGCUGUAAACUCUGUCAACAAAUGUUUCAGCUGCUCUGAGUGUGGUAAACAUUUUCUGCACAACCGGUCUCUUCAGAGACACUUGACAUGUCAUUCAACAGAAGGACAUUCAAGCUGUUUGGGUCAUAAGAAAAGUCUCAGAGAGAAGAACUGGAAAGUCCAGAUAGGACCAAAAUCAUUUAGUUGUGAUGAAUGUGGUAAAAGUUUUAACAGUAAUACACAUUUAAACUUACACAUGCAAAUCCAUACAAUGGAGGAACCUUUUGUAUAUGAGGAUUGUGGACAGAGAUUUAGCCAGAAGACAGAUUUAAAUGGGCACGUCAGAGUCCACACAGGACAUGAACCUUUUGUAUGUAAGGACUGUGGACACACAUUUAACUUGAAGACUAAUUUAAUCAGACACAUGAGAGUCCACACCGGAGAGAAACCAUUUGAAUGUAACCUUUGUGGACAAAAUUUUAGCCAGAAGUCUGAUUUAAACAGACACAUGAGAGUUCACAUGGGACAGAAACCUUUUAUAUGUGAGGACUGUGGACAAAGCUUUAGCAGAAAUUUUCUUUUAAACUCACACAUGAGAAUCCACACAGGAGAGAAACAAUUUGUAUGUGAUGACUGUGGGCAAAAAUUUAGCUGGAAGUUUCAUUUAAACAGACACAAGAGAGUCCACACAGGAGAGAAACAAUUUGUAUGUGAGGACUGUGGACAAAAAUUUAGCCAGAAGUUUCAUUUAAACCAACACACGAGAGUCCACACAGGCCAGAAACCUUUUGUAUGCGAGUACUGUGGACAAAGAUUUAGCCAGAAGUCUAAUUUAAACAGACACACGAGGGUCCACUCAGGACAAAAACCAUUUGUGUGUGAAGACUGUGGACAUAGAUUUAGCCAUAAGACUAAUUUAACCAGACACACAAAAGUACACAGGAAACAAAGCUCUCCUCUGCAGUGA